ACUAGUGUCAAAGGCAGCUUUUGGCUUUGCUUUCAGUUUUGCUUCCUUGCACUGAAUAUGAAAUUUAUCUUGGGAUCCUUCUGGGAUUUACAAAACUGACAUGAAAAGUAUGGGCAAACUCCAUGAUUUCUUGUGAAUGUAAUAGUGGAGACAAUCUCUGCUCUAAGGAUGGAAGCUGUAUCAUUGAAAAAGGAGACUGUAUUGCAAUUGCAUUUAAUAAUACAUUGGAUGGAAAAGAUAUCAAAAAAGUGUAUCUAGGCUGCCAGCCAAAGUCAGUCAGUUUUGAUCAAUGCCAUGAAGAGAAUAUAUUCAUCACAGCAGGGAAGGACGUUUACCUGAAUAGUCAAGCCAAAUGCUGUCACGGCAAGGACAAGUGUAACAAUGACUUGAAAUUAGUAACAAAGGAGUCUGACAAGACUUCUGAAAUGAAGUGCCCCUCAUGCUUUGCUUUGAGUCCUGAAUCCUGUAAUGCCACGAAGACCAACUGUUUCAAGGACCAGAAUCGAUGCAUCAACGUCACUGGGAAACUCAUGAACGGUAAAUCAGCAUGCAGUACAUUUCUUUUUCUUCCUUAUUUAUUUUGUGACUGGGUGCCAUCAAGUCAUUUCUGACUUAUGGUUACCUUAAGGUGAACUUAUCAUGGGGUUUUCUGGGUCUGAUUCCAACCCUGGUCACCAAAACCAUAGUCCAAAACCCAAAGCACAUACAA